UCGUUAUCACCCGUCAGCAUUCGGAUGGAUCCGGAAGAGAUUCUUGAUAUCAAUGUAGUGGAUGGAAAAUAAGUUAGUUCGGUCAAAUUCAAGAUGGCAGAAAGUGUGGGAAAUGCGAUUUCUAUAUUUCUUGGUCCAAAUGGUACAAUUUUUGCUGUAAUUUCCGCAACUUUAUUAGUUCUGUUAACUGCUGUUUUAGCGUGGAUCAUCGGAAGAAGUAAAAACAAGGGUAAUACUGUGUUGCUUGUUGGUUUGUCUGAUGCUGGGAAAACUCUCAUCUUUAUCAGGCUGAUAUUUAACAAGUUCCUUCCCACUCAUACUUCCAUCAAAGAAAACAAAGCGAACUAUAAAGUAGAGCAGGCUGAAGAUGCAAAGUUCUUGGAAUUGAUAGAUAUUCCAGGAAAUGAAAAAUUACGAGGAAAGUUUUUAGAUCAAUUCAAAAGCCUUGCUAGGGGAAUAAUCUUUGUUGUGGACAGUGUCACCUUUACCAGAGAACUACAUGCAGUUGCCGAAUGUUUAUUUGAUAUUCUGAGCAACAAGAUGUUUAAUAAACUCUCAGUAAAAAUUCUCAUUGCUUGCAAUAAACAAGACCUCACCACUGCUAAGUCAAUGAACGUUGUUAAAUCCCAACUGGCCAAAGAAAUCAACACAUUACGCAAGACACGGGCGGCAGCUGUGAAAGGUUUAGAUGAACAAUCCGUGGCUCAUGAUGAAGUUUUUGUUGGUCAGAAAGGAAAAGAUUUUGACUUUGCUGAUCUACGUGGAAUGAAGGUUGAAUUUAUUGAAUGUAAUGCAAAGGAAGAUGACAAAAGUGGUUUGAAAGAUAUCCUUGAGUGGAUGAAGAAAUUGAUGUAAGGCACCAGUUUUCACAAUCCUUCCUCUGGUGUAUGUGAUUUAGCAGAUUUACUGGAGUUGCUGACAACAAAGGCAAGAUCUGAAGUCAUAGGUCAGGCAAAGAGUGAAACCUUGAAAAAACUUGGAAUUUAUCCAGAUUUGGGGAAUUCUCAUUAGUGAGAAUUGAUAGUGGAAUCCAGGAAUACUCCAAAGAACAACUUUAAGAUCGUUUUAAACACUGAAAACCUCUCAUUUUGUGGGCAACUUUACUAAAUUAUGAUAAGAUUACAUCAUAGUGAGUGUUAAAAAUUCAACAACGCAACGAUCACCUAAGCCAUGGUUGAACCAGGAUGUGAGGAGAUACGGAUCAACGAAAGCAUGUUCGAUCUUCAACCCUCAGCCUAGCGAUCCUAUCAUCUGACUGUUGAAGGUCGAACUUGCUAAUGCCCCUCGUUUCACUGACAGUUAUCGAAGUUAAUAAAAUCUUAAAACAAA